CAUGCUCAUUCGCAGGAACAUGGCCGCCGCCGUGGCCGGCGCUGCCGACCUACCGAGGGUGAGUUCGCCGCGCCGCUCGUUCUUUAGCGCCGCGGCUUCCCCUCGAGGGUGGGGUGUCUGUGGCGGGGGCGGUGUCUGCUGGGCUCGAGUGGCUCAAGAGCGACGCGUCAGCCGGCGGCAGUGAGGACGCCCGUGUGUAUGUACAUGCCCCUCUCCUGGAGGUGAGGACGCCCCCUCCUUCUGCAAGUGAGGAUGCCCCCCGGCCGGUGUGGACGCUCCCCUGCGAGUCUGGAAGCGCCUCUGCGGGUGUGGACGCCCCCUCUCCUGAGAUGUCAAGAACCAUGCAGAUGGCAUCAGACAGCUGCAGUCUAGCAACCGCUGAUGUUAAACAUCCAGUCGUCGGGAUUAAAUGAAUUCUUCUGCAGGGUCAUAGAGACUGGGGGAAAAGCUCUUCAGAGCCCGGGACAGAAGAUUGAAAAUGACAGCUUGGAAUGUGCUUGAGGAAGGACUGUCCUGCGACAUGGAGAUGGAGGCAUUCGCGAGAAAGGCUCCUCGCCUUUCUACUCCAGGGGCCAGCUGGGACUCUGAGAACCCAGAGGGACGUUCGAGGCGAUCAGCCUUAACUCAGGAGGAGCCAGGGGCCCGGGAGGCAGCUUCUGAACAUCCUGGGUUUAGGAAGCAUUUGAGUGUGAGCGCAGAUCUUCCACAAGGUCAGAGAGUUCCUGCAACAAACGGUUUCCGUGUAGGUGGCUCAGAUGUUAAAAGUCUGAAUUGUGACCCAGCUUCACAUGAUGCUCAGAAAAGCUACACAGCUAAGAGAACGGGUGACAGGGACUCCUGUGGGAAAGCCUUCAGCCAUUCCAUGGAAGUGACUCAGUUUGGAAGAACUCAGACCCGAGAGAAGCCUUAUAGAUACCCUGACAGUGUUAAGUCUCUCAACCACUUUACCCCUCUAGGCCAACAGAAGAUCAUGACACGAGGGAAGAAACUGUAUGAAGGCGAGGACUUUGGGGACCUUUUUACCCUGAGUCCAUCUCUUAGUGAAAGCAGGAGGAGCAGCCCUGGAGAGAAAUUGUAUAAAUGUACCGAAUGCGGCAAGUGCUUCAAGCGGAACUCUUCUCUUGUCUUGCAUCACCGAACUCACACUGGGGAGAAGCCUUACACUUGUAAUGAGUGUGGAAAGUCCUUCAGCAAGAACUACAACCUAAUUGUGCACCAAAGAAUCCAUACAGGAGAGAAGCCCUACAAGUGCAGUAAAUGCGGGAAGGCCUUCAGUGACGGGUCAGCUCUGACACAACACCAGAGAAUUCACACCGGAGAGAAACCUUAUGAGUGUCCGGAAUGUGGGAAAACCUUCAACCGAAAUUCGUCCCUGAUCCUCCAUCAGAGGACUCACACGGGGGAGAAGCCAUACCGAUGUAACGAGUGUGGGAAGCCUUUUACAGACAUCUCCCACCUCACCGUGCACCUCAGGAUCCACACUGGCGAGAAGCCCUAUGAAUGCAGCAAAUGUGGAAAGGCCUUCCGAGACGGCUCAUACCUCACCCAGCACGAGAGGACUCACACUGGAGAGAAGCCCUUUGAGUGCACAGAAUGCGGGAAGUCCUUCAACCGCAAUUCCCACCUCAUUGUGCAUCAAAAGAUUCACUCCGGGGAGAAGCCCUUCGAGUGCAAAGAGUGUGGGAAGACUUUCAUCGAGAGCGCGUACCUCAUCCGGCACCAGAGGAUUCACACGGGCGAGAAGCCCUACGGCUGCGACCAGUGCCAGAAGCUGUUCAGGAACAUCGCUGGCCUCAUCCGGCACCAGAGGACUCACACUGGCGAGAAGCCCUACGAGUGUAACCAGUGCGGCCGGGCCUUCAGGGACAGCUCCUGUCUGACCAAGCACAGGAGGAUCCACACCAGGGAGACGCCGUACCAGUGCCCAGAGUGCGGCAAGUCCUUCAGGCAGAACUCUCACCUGGCGGUGCACCAGAGACUGCACAGCAGGGAGGGCCCCGGCCACUGUCCCCAGUGUGGGAAGGCAUUCCGGAGAGGCUCCGCCCUCGUCCGGCACCAGAGCUCGCACCCCGGCGAGCAGCCCGUGGGCGUGUAGUGAACGCGGCCACACUCGCCCACGGGCUCUCAGACACCUCCGUGUGGGAGGAGGGUCUCCCGGGCUGGCUCCUCCCUGUCAGGGGCAAGCACUUCCCUGAGCCCUGCAGUGAACCGACAGAUGUGAGAUGUUCCUGAGCCACAGUUUGGUCUGUAGGUUCGGGAACUCCUGAAGAGAAUACAGGAUGGUGAUAGACAUGGUGACGUCGUCAUGGAUGAGGCCACCUGCCCCACGUGUGACAGUGCACACACGUGACGACACACACACUGGAGUAAAGCCUGUGCUCCCCUGGAGAAGCCACCUGCCCACACGUUGGAAUCCUGGAACCGCAAGGCUCUUCUGUAAUCAGGGUGAGGAGUCCUUGACAGGGAGUGUUUGCCUCACAGUCAGUAGGCAGACUCCUACUAGAGCCCAGUGAGGGAGACUUGGCUGGGGCCCUUACAUGCUUUAUCUGCAUCAGCAAAAGCCUACACACGACUACACCCUGCAGGGACUGCAGAGUUACAGCAGAUCACUGUUUGAAUGGACUCCCAUGUUACUGUCCUGCCAGGUGCUGUGGACUCGUUUCAGCAGGGGCAGCUGGGUGAGGAAGUUGCUUGUGAAUGAACAAUGAUGUUUCUUCUAAGAGGAGACUGAGUAGAUUCCUCCAAGAGGGAAGGGGCUGCUGCUGAGAAACGCGAGGCAUUGCUCUAGUUGUUGAGCCAAGCAAACAGAAAACACUGAGUUGUCAUGUUUAUGUUGUCACCCCUCAUUGUUCAUGUGGGACACGGGAUUUGUGCAGCCAUGCCGAAUCAUAACGAUAAAGAUUUUGUUGUUGUAUUGAAAAUACUUAUAAUAUGGCCAGCAACUGAAAGCAUAAAAUAGAUUUGCAUUGCUGUAGCCAUGUAAAGGCACGCACACAUACAGAUGUAGGUUGGAAGUUGAUCACAGAGAAAUAAACGUGGUUUUUCUAAGGGA